CGAUCAAAUCAGAUGGAGAUGGAGAUGGAGGACUUGAAUUGGAAGAAGAAGGGCACCAUGUCAGUGAUGGGAAGCAGGUACAAGACAGAGCUUUGCAGGAGAUUCAUGGCGGGUACCUGUGGGCUUGGCUCAAAAUGCAGGUAUGCCCAUGGGCUUUCUGAGCUCAGAGGAGGAUGCCCUAAAGUUUGCAGAAUGUUCUCUCAGUACAGAAACUGCUCCUAUGGCCACACCUGUCGCUUCCUUCACUCAUCAUCACCAACCACCACCUCUCACUUCCUUCAUCAUGCUCCACCACCAGAAUUCAGGCCAAUGCAAACAACAAGUGCUACAAAUGCCUCAAGCAGCAUAUUGGCAACUGAUGAUGAUGAUGAUGAUGAUGAUGAUGAUGAUGUUGAUGAACCACCACCAUGCAGAGUGAAGUGCAUUUUCAAGGAUCAUGAACUCCAAAGGAUCAGUCGCAUCUAUGCAGAUUGGAUCUAAAACUAACAACAGUUUACUUUGCUGUUUAGCCUCACCAGAAUUGUUAUGAGGAUAUGCUUAACUAGCAAGUAUUUUGUGCAUGUAUGAAUACUCAUUUCUUUGUAUAAAGCCUCACAAUU